GCGCGGCGGGGGCGGCGGGCGCGGGGCCAUGCGGAGCCCGGGCUGAGGCGCCGCGGCCGCGCCUCGCCAUGAAGCGGCAGAACCUGCGCACGGCCGCGCUCAUCCUCUGCAUCUUCUCCUACCUGCUGGUGGGCGCCGCCGUCUUCGAUGCGCUGGAGUCGGAGGCGGAGAGCGGCCGCAAGCGGCUGCUGGAGCAGAAGCGCGGCGAGCUGCGGAGGAAGUACCGCUUCUCCGCCGACGACUACCGCGAGCUGGAGCGGCUGGUGCUGCAGGCCGAGCCGCACCGCGCCGGGCGGCAGUGGAAGUUCGCCGGCUCCUUCUACUUCGCCAUCACCGUCAUCACCACCAUCGGCUACGGACAUGCUGCCCCAGGCACUGACGCUGGUAAAGUUUUCUGCAUGUUCUACGCGAUCCUCGGCAUCCCCCUUACCCUGGUUAUGUUCCAGAGCCUGGGGGAGCGCAUGAACACCGUAGUCCGGUUACUGCUCAAGAAGAUAAAGAAAUGUCUGGGCAUGAGGACAACCAAUGUCUCCAUGGAAAAUAUGGUCUUGGUCGGCUUUCUCUCUUGCAUGGGGACCCUGUGCAUCGGCGCAGCAGCCUUCUCUUAUUUCGAGGGCUGGACUUUCUUUCAUGCCUAUUAUUACUGCUUCAUCACCUUGACCACUAUCGGCUUUGGAGACUUUGUGGCUCUGCAGAAGAAUGAAGCUUUGCAAAAAAAGCCCCCGUACGUGGCCUUCAGCUUCAUGUACAUCCUGGUGGGCCUGACCGUCAUUGGCGCCUUCCUUAACUUGGUGGUGCUGAGGUUUCUGACGAUGAACUCGGAGGAUGAGCGGCGGGAUGCCGAGGAGAGGGCAUCCCUGCGGAGAGCCAGGAACAACAUCCACCUGAAACCGAAGGAGGACAACCGGAGCAACAACGCUAUUUUUCUCCCCGCUGAAGACAGGACGAGCCAGAUGAACCUCAUCCCGCUGAUCCAGGAAGACGCGGAGAGACAGCGGCGCCAGUCUGCCCACUCGGCCGCCAAGGUCCCCUCCUUCUGCACGUGCCUGUGCUACAGACCUCAGCUGUGCGGCAGCCCCGUGCCCUCCCACCCCGAGACCCUGAGCUGCCACACCAACCCCGUCUAUUACAACUCCAUUUCCUACAAAAUCGAUGAGGUCUCCCUGAGCACGAGGGGGCAGACCGGCUCGUCCCCGGGGAGCACUUUAUCAUCCAGCAGCCCUCGCUGCCGGCAGCACCCCCGCCCGCGGAGGAAAUCCAUCUAGGAGCGCGUGCUCCAGGCGGGGUGUGUGCUGAGCCGUAUUCAGCUGCUCAAGGUGUAUUUUGAUGAUAAAUUAUUAACUGAGAAGUCAGGUCACUCUUAACACUCUCAUUUCUUCUGUCCCACCCCCCUUUCAGCAGGCUUCAGCACCUGCAGCAGCCGGCGAGGCGCAGGGGCCGGCAGGAUCCUUUAAACCCUGUUGAUAAAUAAUCAUUCCUUUUUGCAGGGGCUGGGUGAACUGAAUUACACACAUCGUUAGUUUUCUUUGCUUUUUUACCCCGAAUUGAUUCAAGUGUUCGGCUCUGGCAAGAGGCCCCCAGGCGAUGCAGGAGCCAGCACAGUUGAGGGUUUGCUUUCUAACCUCCCCGCUCCCGAAACGGCAGCGUUGCUGCCCUCCUCCGUGCCUGCCCCGCUAACCUUAACCCGGGGUCACGGCCAGCAUAUGGCUCUAGCAACGUAGGCUGAAUUAUGCUUGCUGAGAGCAUAUGAAGAUGAAACCAGUAUUAGUGAGCCCUCCGGGGCAAAGAUCCCCCAGCAAAUCGUCCCCCCGCAUCAGGUGCAGAUAGGCAGUGCCCCGGGCCAGGCUUGCAGCGGGCAGCGAGGAGGGUCGGCUGGGCAGCUGUGGGGUGGGUGAGGUGUGGGGCAGGUAGGGCAAGGACAGGCCGUGGGGCCUGGCUCAGCCCCUGGGGCAGUUUUAUGGCGCUGCAUCUCCUGUGACCUGUCCCACCUCAGACCUCAGUUCAGGACCUGUGGUUGGCUCAGUGCAUUUGAAACCACUUGCACUGGGCUCCCUGUGCUCACCUGCUUAUGCAGCCAGCGCGUCUAACCCCUGCUUUCGGCAGGUCUCCCAGGCAGAGCGGGCCAGUCGGGCGGCGGUGUCCCAUUCGCUGGAGACCACUGGGGUAGGGGUGGCUGAACUCCUCCAGCCAAGCCACAGCCCUCCUCUGUGACGAGCCCAGGCUGUGCCAGGGACACCAGGGAGGUGUCCCUGAGCCGUCUGAAACCACCUGUGAAGGCUUUGGCCCUGGUUAGAUCAUUAGCUGAAAUCACCACCCGCACCUGACCCCCUCCCUGCCUGCACGAGCCCUUGGCUCUGUGUGGGGAUUGCUGGAGACGGGGUGACCCCACCUCCGCGCGGUGGAGCAGGCAGGCUCUGGGGCAUCCUGAGAGGCUCCCGGCUGGGCUGUCCUGCGCCGCCGGGCUCCCUUUGCUGCGGGGAGCCCUGGAGCGGCACAGCCCCUUCUGGGUGCCGGCACAGCUGGGAGCCCUCUGCGCUGCAGGACCCCCGUGACCCCGAGCCCCUCUCACCCCUCGAUCCGCUCCUGCACGCUGCUCCUUCCCGCGCCGAGCCGGGGAGGCUGCCGGCUCCCUGCCCACCCCGCCAGCAGCCUCCACGCGGCUCCUCGCUGCUCGGCCUCCCCGCAGAGAGGAAGAGGAGGUGAAGAAGGGGAGAAAGCCUUGUGAAAGACACAGGUGCCUGAACCCAGAGGCCUUCGCCGUCCGGUCCAGGCCAGCGGCAGCGGCUCGGGCAGCGCUGGCACGUCCCAGGCACUUCAGCUGAGGUCCUGCUAUCACCUCUUCUGGUCUCUCCUUCCCCAAAUACCUCUCAUCCCUCCUGGAUCUCUUUUUUGCCCUCUGUUUAGGAGGAGUCUGGCUGAGAUGGGCAUGUCUGGCAUGUGGGAGCUGAGGGGGAGCGCGCCCCAGCUGUGGCUUCCCGUUUCCCGCGGCCCCCUUGCCUCCCAUGUGGCACAUGCUCAGCCUGGACUCUAAUGGCAAGAGAAGCUCCCUUUCACUUUUUUCCCUGAUAGAGAGACAUUUUCAUCCUUAAUUCUAUCUAAAGGACCCCCAGGUGGUUUUUUCUUUUCCAGGAAGAAAAUCCCCUUUUCCCAGCAGGGAGGGCGUACAGAGCGCCAGCAUUGCAAAGGCCUCACAGCAGGCUUUGCCUUUUCCUCUCUUUCCUCUUUUGUUCUGGGAAAUUUAAUAAAAGGUGAAACCAG